AAGGGAGGUUCUUCCUCGCUGCGACGUUGCUGUUGACCUUUAUAAUGCAAAGAGGAAGUUUCCGAGAGGAUCGAAACGUCCCUCUGGGCUCUGGACGCGUUGCAAAGGAAGAACGGGGGAUGAGCACGCUGUGCAAUAAACAGUCCAGGCAGAGAAGCAAGUAAGCAAGGGAAAUAGUGGCAGAGAAAAUACCAGCAACGUACAAUUCCUCUGCCCUUCCUCCCGGAAUCUACCGUACAGAGGCCUGAAAAUACAGCAGUCAGCUAAGGAGUAAGAACAUGGAGGCUGAUGUUCACGAUAGGAAAGUAUCCUGGGAAGUCAAUGGCUCCCUUGUUCCAGUUGAGCUGCAGCGUGGUAGCAGGUCAGAAAGUCCCACUCCAGGUCUGGUGGAAGGCACGGAGCCUGGUGCAGGGCAGGAGAGUGCAAUGUUUGUCCACACAAGAUCCUACGAAGACCUAACUGUGGAUGAUGAAGUGAAGACAUGCCUGGACAGUGUGGAGAAGGAAGGCAAUGAACAAUCGCAAAUCGAAGAGAUCAGUAAAGAUUUUAAACAGCUGAGCACCCAGCUGACUGGUGUGGCGAUGGAUGUGAACAAGGAGAUGGGAGACAGUGAUGCAGAUGGUGAGGUGCUGUCUGAAUGCCCUCGCAGAGAAUCGGUGCUGAGUGACAAGGAGGAGGACAUCACGGCCGACUCGUGGAAGCAACACCGCAAGCAUGUAUUUGUCUUCAGUGAGGCUGGGAAGCCAAUAUAUUCUCGUUAUGGGACAGAGGAAGCCCUUUCCUCCAUGACAGCGGUGAUGGUAGCACUUGUGGCUUUUAUUGAGGCAAGCAAAAAUGUGAUCAAGUCCAUCCAUGCAGAGAAUUACAUGGUAGUUUUUAUCCGUCGAAGUCCUCUGGUCCUCGUGGCAGUCACACACGCCCGCCAGUCAGAGCAGGAAGUGGCCAAAGAACUUCUGUAUGUAUAUUACCAAAUUGUUAGUCUCCUAACCUUAACGCAGCUCAAUCGAAUCUUUGAGCAGAAGAAGAACUACGAUCUCCGGCGGCUGCUCUCAGGGUCAGAGAGGAUAACAGAUAAUCUCCUCAAUCUAAUGGACAAAGACCCUAGCUUCCUAAUGGGUGCUGUGCGAUGCUUACCUCUGACUUCCUCCUUGAGGGAUAUGAUUAGCAGCAGCCUCCAGCAGGCCAAAGACAAAAGUCUCGUCUUUUCCAUUCUGGUCGCCCAGAACCAACUGGUAUCAUUGGUGAGGAAAAAGGACCAGUUUCUACAUCCCAUUGAUCUCCAUCUUCUCUUCAACCUCAUCAGUGCGUCUACCUCCUUCCGAGAUGGAGAGGUCUGGACGCCGAUAUGUCUACCCAAGUUCAAUUCCAAUGGUUUCUUUCAUGCUCAUAUCUCUUACCUUGACCAGGCUAGCAGCCUGUGUUUGGUCCUCAUCUCCACAGACAGGGAGCACUUUUUCCCCAUCUCAAACUGCAAAAGUAAGUUCCUGGAGCGGCUGAAGAAGCGGAAUACUUUCCAGAUGCUGCUGGAAGAGCUGCAGACCCCAUCUUACGGCAUUUCACAGGUGGGGAUUCCAGAUCUGAGGCACUUCAUCUACAAGUCAAGAAGCUCAGGUUUGUUCACGAGCCCUGCAGUAGAAGCUCCAUACACAAGUGUGCAGCAGCGGGAGAGACUUCUGGAGCUGUAUCAGUAUCUGUACAGCCGCAUCCACAAUUCUGCAAGGCCUCUGAAGUACAUCUAUUAUGCAGGAGAACGGGAGAACCUUCUGGCAUGGGUCACCAAUGGAUUUGAACUCUACAUGUGUUUUACCCCAAUGGGAACCAAAGCAGCGGCAGUAAAUGCUAUUACCAAACUGAUGAAGUGGAUCAGGAAGGAAGAAGACAAGCUUUUCAUUCUGAACCCAAUAACCUAUUGACAUAGCCCUUGACAGUCUCCUUCAUUACCUCCAGAGAAGACAAAGAUGGACUAACCACUGAGAUUGUGUGGCAAGUAAUUGAAGCUUGCAGAUCAUCAAGAUGGUCAUAACAUCUAGGGUGAGAAACGUCAUGCUGACCAGUUGUAGAAACACUAUUUCCAUUUUAAAAAACUUAGCACCAACAUAUUUGAUUGCUCCUUUACAUGUCACAAGUCUAUGUCUUAUGCAGUGUUGAAUUCUGGAGGUAUAUAUGUAUUAUAGGAGCAAUAAAUAAACUUAUAGGAUCCAAUGCACUGAGUGAAAAUUGUCACUGUUCAAUUAAGUGAGGCAUUCCUGAGAGUGCUCCUCACCAAUCAUGAAAUAUCUUGCAACGAAGGUUAAUUAUUAUCGUGAAUAGGAGUCCCCAAUCGAGUCCCCAAUUAUUUUUUUAACAAAAUGUACAAAAUAUUGUUUAUGCAUUAAGCAUGACCUUUCUUGCCUCUCACUAGAAGGGUGUGGGUUCAACUCCUUUAGAGUCCUGAGCACACAGCUCAAGACUGAUACACCAAUUGAGCACCAAGGCAAUGAUCUGACCUCUCAGAUGUUGAAGGUCCAUGAGCGGAGUGUGAAAGUUGUGCCCAGUUUAUCCCACAUUCAUUAUGGCAGAACGCCAGAAUCAGGAUUCUAGGGAAAACGCAUGUAGAUGGAACUGAGUCCUUGGCCAGAUUAGCCAUCAUCUUAUUGAAUGGUGCAACAGGCUAGUGGGCCACAUGGCUGACCCAUGCCCUUCUGUUAUGACUAAUGAUCUGUUCAGAUUGAUGUUCAUGUUGACUGCUAUGUUUCCUACAGCCCUCGGUAGCAUAGCAGCUAGCAUGAUGCUAUUACAGCUCAGGGCAUUGGAGUUCGGAGUUCAAUUCUGGCAUCCUCUGUAAGCAAGUCAGUACUUUCCUUCCCAUCUGUGUGUGUAUUUUCCUCUGGUGCUGCAGUUUCCUCCCAUAGUCAAAAUAUCUACCAAUUGGUAGGUUAAUUGAUUGUUGUAAAUUGUCCAGUGAUUAGGCUAGGGUUAAACCAGUGGGUUACUGGGCAGUACAGCUUAGUGAGCUAGAAGAGCCUAUUCCACACUGUAUCUCUAAAUAAACAAAAAAUAAAUAAAUUAGCAGUGACGACUUGUAAUAGUAUUUCAAAGCAUUUUGUGGAGUCCAUGGAUUGUCACAUAUGCUGUUGAGAGUGCAUCUUUCUUUCUUGGAGAAGAGGUGAUGUAAUCUGGCAUGAAUUUUGGAAUCCUUUUGAUCCACAAUCUUCACAGGUUAACGGAGAGACGAAGUUCUGGUGUAUGACAUUGUUUCCAGGCUGUUGCCCACGUCUAAGUCAAAUUUGCAAACAAUAAAAUGAGAUGGCUGCUGGAUUCUAACUGAGAAAUCAGGAACUGGGGUAGGCCAUUCAGACCUGUAAACCUGUGCUGUCCAAAUGCUGGGGUUUGAACUUUAAGAGAAGGGUCUUCGUGUGAAGAUUCAUUUGAUAGUCAAGUUGUGGGUUAUGCUGACGGGUUAUCCCUUGGGAAUGGAUAGAUUUCAAUUUUAUAGACAUCUGUAAGUCAAAUUUGUGCUUAAGUGCACAAAACUUUUAGUAUCAUACUCCUCAGUACCACAAUAAGUAACAUCUAAAGCACAUAUGUCUGGUAAGGAAGAGCAGUUACCAACAGUGAAGAGUGAGAGAAAGAAUUAAUGCUGCUACAAUCACAUACGUGUAUAUCGGAGUUUUAAAUUUAACAAUUUUAUGGGAGUUUAUUCAUAUGUUAAGCAUAUGUAACCUGGGAACAGGAACCUGGGGUAGACAGUCCAUCGAUGUUCUGGUAGCUAAUAAAUAGAUCACUGAAAUGAAUGGAGUGCCCCAGUUUGAAUUAAUCUGAACUGGGUUUGUGAAUGUUUCAAGGCACCAUGGUAGCGUAGUGGUUAGCGUGACGCUAUUAGAGCUCAGGGUGUCAGAGUUCAGUCAUAGCGUUUGUACAUUCUCCCUAUGAACCGCGUGGGUUUCCGGUCUGAGUGUUCCAGUUUCCUCGCAUAUUCAAAAGUUAGUAGGUUAAUUGGUUAUUGUAAAUUGUCCUGUGAUUAGGCUAGGGUUAAAUCGGUGGGUAGCUGGGCUUGUUCCACACUGUAUCUCUGAAUGAAUGAAUAAAUAAAUAUUCCCACCUUUAAUCUGUACAAUAAAUUACUUGGGUAAUGUGUCCUAAGCCCAACUGUUUUCCAUUCCCAUAACUCCAUUAACAUGGUAGUGUUCUGAGGCACUGACUGGAAGGUUGCCAAGGUUUGACUGGUGAGGAACAAGGGAAGCCUUGUCUGAAGAAGUCAAUUUUAAGAAACACCUUAAAGUAAGUGAGGGAAGUGGGCAGGGUUAGGGAGGGGACUACAGAAUUACUUUGCCUGCUGCCCAUAGUAAUGCUUUUAAAACAGUCCUUUGUAAAAGCAGAUGUCUUACUAGAGGUGUAGUAGUAAGUUUGGAAGAUAUCUUGUCCAAUGCUGUUUCUACUGAAGGCCAGCAUUGCAUUUAGUUUUGUAUUACAGCUGCUGAAGAUGGGCCAAUGGCGACUCUUCUCCCCCUUUGCUUUUCCUGAGGUAAUUCCUACAAGCUGUUUCCAAUUGGUCCUCUCCACCCCAUGGAAGCAUGUUUAGUUUAUUUAGGCACAAUAUAAAAGCUCGUCAAAGGUCGUGGGUGCAAUGUAAGUUGAACUGGCUCCAUGGCUAUGGUUACAGGCAUUGGGCUCCUGGACCAGCUGCAGUACUGACUGACUCUGUGUCUGGAGACUCACUUUUAGGGUCUCUGCAGUUCAUGUUCUGUGUGUAACUUGUUUAGUUUUUUAUUCUUUGCAAUAUUUGUUUUUUUUCACACUUUGGGUGUUUGACAAACCUUGCUUUGUGGUGAUUUUUUUCUCGUUCUAUUGUGUUUCUUUGUUUUGUGGCUGCCUGAAGAAAGUGAAUCUUAAGAUUGUAUAUAGUAUAUUUUGAUAAUGAAUGUACUUUAUUUGGAAGCAGGGAAUGUGGACAUUAAGGUAGCCUGAUUAGAAACUACGGUUGAUCUACAUUUAGAAUAUGCACGGAUAAUGCAUGUGAGAGAUUAGGGGAGGAAAAAAAACACAUAGAAAAGGAAAGAAAGAAAGUGUGUGCAAGGAGAGGGAGUGCUGAGGUCACAGCAUCAUGGGAUUCAAGGCCACUUCCACACAUUCUCCCCCUUAGGUCUAUUUUUUUCCCCUUCAAGGAUUUAAUGCAGUUCCUUUUUGAAUGCACUUCCAUGAUCUACCAGCUCAGUAGUGCAUUGGAAACUCUAACCAUUUGCAUUGUAAAAAGUUAUUCAUCUGGCCACUAUUCUCCCUGCAGUCUAACCAUUAGGGAUGAGGUGAGGAAUUAAUUUUCCUUUCCAGAAAGCAUUUGAACAGCCAUUGUCAUAAAGCACAGAAAAAUACCCUUCAACCCCUUACGCGUAUGAUGACUGCCAUGUGUCUGUACUCAUCCCAUUAAUGAGCACUUGGUUCAUAGCCUUUUAUGUCUUGAUGUUUCAAAUGUUAGUCCAGAACACGAGAUUCUGCAGAUCAGUAGCUCAUAAAGCAUCUAUGGGAGCUAAUAAACAGUUGAUGUUUUGUGCUGAGACCCUUCAUUGGGAAGGGGGAAGUCUCCAGAAUAAGAAGGCUUGGUGGGUGGGGGUGGGGAGGAGAUCAAGCUGGAAGGUGUUAACAGAAACCAGAUAGGUGGGACAUUUAAAGGAUUGCAGAAGCAGGAAUCUGAUAGGAGAGGAGAGUAGACUGUGUGUGAAAGAGAAGGAGGCGAUAAGCAAGGGAGGUGGAGGGGAAGAGGUAUGAGGCCAGAGUGGAUAAUAGAAGACAAGAAACAGGAGGAAACCUGCAGAUGCUGGAAAUUCAAGCAACACACACAAAAUGCUGGUGGAACGCAGCAGGCCAGGCAGCAUCUAUAGGGAGAAGUACAGUCGACGUUUCAGGCCGAGAUCCUUCGUCAGGACUCUGAGUGUUUGUUGCUUAACAAAUAAUAAGGUUCAUUUAUGAUACAAAUUAAAAAGUAAACAGAAUAACAUUACUGAUGUUUCAUAUGUGAUGAGACCUGGGUGGUGGCGGGUAGAGAAAGAAGCUGUUUCCCAUCCUUGUCCAAAUGCUAUAGUACCUCUUGCCUUAUGAUGAGGGUCAAAGAGAUUGUUGGGAGCGAACAUUGAUAAUACUAAUGCAGCAAGUUGCUUUUGGGUAUGUGGUGCGAUAAACUGAAUGGAAAGCAAGAUGUCUUGUACACAUAGCAAACAAAGGGCCAAUGCUGGGGCACCCUGUUAACAUCUGGAAGUAAUUGGCAAGGCAGAUUAAUUGCCCAUCUCCAAGUCAUCUGUUCCAAGGAGGAACAGCUCAAGAAAGCUGUAGCAGAGCUGCUGGGCAGUGAAAGUCAUCCUGAAGUUCUUCAUUGUUUGCUGACGUGUAGAGAUCUCUGUCCUUUUGUAUUCAUAUCUGAUCUCACCAUGCAGCGUUUGAGAGGGGAAGGAGGUGAUUGGAGUAGAAGAUAUGGAGGGUGUGAUUAGUUGAUUACGUAUAGUAAGAAAUUAAAUAUAAGAUGUCUUGCUUUCAAAUCUCUUACUAUCUUUCCCUUCAGUUAGUCCUGACGAAGGGUCUCGGCCCAAAACAUCGACAGUGCUUCUCCCUAUAGAUGCUGCCUAGCCUGCUGUGUUCCACCAGCAUUUUGCAUGUGUUGCUUAAUCCAAACCUGCUAUAUUUGUGUCUAAAUAAUUUUGAGAUUCUUUGCCCACCAAUUGUGCUGCAUUGGAAGUGGAAGCAAGUACAUGUCCUCUUAAACCAAAGGCAAGCAUUAAUAUAAAACUUGAAUUUAAGGACCCUCUCAGUAUUGGGGACGGCUGCUGAGGAGGGAGAAAGGUGGAGAAGUGUCAGAUGGAGAGAUGGUGUUCAAAAACCGACAACGUAACUGAAGAAAAGAUUUUUUUCCUCCUGCAAUUUUAAGCCGACAAGCAUUGCUGGAAACUGGAGUUUCCAAACUUUGCAGUUGGGUUUAGUUCACAAGUGUAGCUUAAUGAAUUGCCAGUGUCAGACUUGGUAUGUGAAUCUGGUCUUUGGUUCAUGGUUUGCUGGGCUGUGUCCUCUGUGAUUACUCCACUGACACUGAGGUGAACAGAAUGCUCUGUCAAACUACUGCCGGAGCACAGCAGCGGCAUGUGGGUUUUCUCAAGGGAAAUAUAGGACAGUUCUCAAAUAAAAAUAGACACAGGAGACUGCAAAUGCUGGAAUCUGGAAUCAACAAACAAUCUACUGAAACAGCUCCACACACAAAAUGCUGGUGGGAAUCAGAAGGUUAGACAACAUCUAUGGAAAUGAAUAAACAUAAAUCAAUGUUUCGGGCUGAGAUCCUUCAUCAGGACUGGAAAGGAAGGGAUUAGAAGCCAGAAUAAGAAGGUGGGAGGAGGGGAAGGAAGACAGGGUGAAGCCAGGUGGGUGGAAGAGGGAGGAUGGGGUAAGAAGCUGGCAGGUGAUAGGUGGAAAAGGCAAAGGGCUGGAGAAGAAGGGAUAGGAUAAGAGAGGAGAGUACACCAUGGGAGAAAGGGGAGGAGAGGCACCAGAGGGAGGCGAUAGGCAGGUGAGGAGAAGAGGCAAGUAGUCAAAGUGGGAAAAUGAAGAAGAAUGGGAAGGGAAAACAUUACUGGAAGUUGGAGAAAUCAAUAUUCAUGCCAGCAUUUUAUGUUUGUUGCUCUAUAUUUCCAGCAGCAGCAGGAUUUGCUGCUCCCCUGGAGGGACUCAACCGGUUGAGCAGCACCUGUGGAGGGAAAAGAACAGUCGAUACUUCGGGGUGACGUCCUGUGUUGGUGCUUGUUCUCCAGAUGCAGGACUUCAAUCUGACACAUCCACAGAUGCUGCUCAACCUGUUGAGACCCUCACACAGUUCCAGUUGAAAACAGAAUAACCUGACAAUGGUCAGUCAUCUGUUCAUGUCCCCAUCAUUCGUAGCCGUAGGAAAUUUGUACCACAUUGAAGCCACAGUUUACCAAGGAUGCACCAGUUCUGAUAAAUGAGAAAUUUAAGGAGGAAUCUGAGUUCUCCCUAUCCUCACAGGGAUUUAGUCUUCUACGCCAUGGUAGUGUAGCAGUUAGUGUGACGCUUGGGCUAUCAGAGUUCAAUUCCAAUGUCAUCUGUAAGGAAUCUGUAGGUUUUCCCUGUAACCAUGUAUGUUUUUCCAGGUUCUCUGGUUUCCUCCCACAGUCCAAAGACAUGCUGGUCAGUCAGUUAAUUGUUCAUUCUAAAUUGUCCUGUGAUUGGGCUGGGGUAAAUCAGGGAGGGGUUGCAGCUCAAAGGGUUGGAAGGGCCUGUCAUAUGCUAUAUCUCAAAAUAAAUUAUAAAUAAAUAGUUGAUGAAUCUAGCGAUUCUUCUGCUUCUUAACUGUAUAAUGAGUUUGUAUAAUUCGACUCAAGAUAAAAUACUGCUUAAGCUUUGGGAUGAUGGUGCCAGGGGUUGUUGUGCAAAAUUAUAAAAGAGCCUGCAGAGCAAUUCCAAAAGCAAGAAUCUUCCCAGCUAAAUGCAACAAGUAGUAGAUAGAUAGAUUUUACCUGAAUUACAUUUGAUUGCCAGGGGAUAAUACAAUCACCUCAGCAAAGUGCAGUGCGAUGGAAGUCCUGGAGUAGAGGCUGAGUCCUGUCAGCUGGCUUCAUGGCUUUCUACCUUGAGAAAAGUAGCUGACAUUUAGAGUGGCAGUGUCCUGGCAGCUUCAUUUAGGACUCAAAAACUUGAAGAUUUAACACUGAAAGUAAAGAUUUAUUUUUUGUUGAUAACUGACAAAUUAUUUAAUCUUCCAUUACAAAUGUUUGAGGACCCAAUUGAUCCACAACUGACCCAGAUAGGAUAUGUUUUUAUGGAAGAAAAUAGGAUCAGAACUUAAUUUGCUCAUGGGCUAUUAAAAUACACAUUGUUAUUGUUAUUGUAUAAUUUUCUGUGCCUCCUAAUUAAUGCAAAGGUAUACAGUAAUGAAUGGAAUCCCAAUCUGAGUUUGCUGGAGUCAGAGUGUGAUAAUGCUCCCUCCAGUGGCAAAUAAAUUUAGGAGAAAACUUGUUCAAAAUCACUAAUGAAACAAUAUGAAAAUAAAUAUAGUAUUUUCUUUGAACUUUGAUAAUUAUUGCUUUUCAGUGGAAAAUGUAAAAACAUUGUAAUUUAAAUAAAAUAUUGAU